GUGUACACCCUGGCCCUGCUGUGCCGCUCGGGGCGCCACGCCCGGGGGGCUCCGCUGUCGGGCUCCAUCGCCAGCCUGGCGCUGGCCGACCUGCUCUACCUGUGCUCCAUCCCCUUCAUCGUGGGCACGUCGGUGGCGCAGGACUGGUACUUCGGCGAGCUGGGCUGCCGGGUGCUGCUCAGCCUCGACCUCCUCACCAUGCACGCCAGCAUCUUCACCCUGACCGUCAUGUGCACCGAGCGCUACCUGGCCGUCACCCGCCCGCUGGCCACCCGGCACCGGGCGCGGCGCUUCCGCAAGGCCACGGCCGCCGCCGUCUGGGGGGUCUCGCUGCUCCUCACCCUGCCCAUGAUGCUGAUGGUCACCCUGAGCCGCCGCCGCGACGGGAAGCGCCUCUGCGCCCCGACCUGGAGCCCCGACGCCUACCGGCUCUACCUGACGGUGCUCUUCAGCACCAGCAUCCUGGCCCCCGGGCUGAUCAUCGGCGGCCUCUACGCCCGGCUGGCCACCACCUACCUGGAGUCGCAGCGGAACCCGCCGCGCAAGAAGGAGCCCCGGCGCUCCCCGCGCCAGCGGGUCCUCAUCCUGGUCUUCACCAUCGUCCUGGUGUUCUGGGCUUGCUUCCUGCCCUUCUGGAUCUGGCAGCUGGUGCCCCUCUACCACGGGCCCCUCGGCCUCCCGCCCCACACCCAGAAGUGCAUCAACUACCUGGUCACCUGCCUGACCUACAGCAACAGCUGCAUCAACCCCUUCCUUUACACCUUGCUCACCAGGAACUACCGGGAGUACCUGCGCACCCGGCACAGCACCUUUUACCGCUUCACCUCUUCCUUCCGCAAAAGGGGCAACAACUUGCACUGCUCGUGGAGGCGAUCCACCUCCUCCAGCACCCAGUACGAGUCCGGAUCCGAGGGCCUGAACAUGACCACGCUGCGGGACUGCAAGUGACCUGCCUCCUCCCCACCCUCUUUGUUAGGAGCAGCCUCCAAAUACCUCCUAGAUCCAGGUGGGCAUGGGCAAGGGCCUCUCUGUCAAUCCAUCUCAGCCAUCUAUUAUGUCAAAACAGGAUCCCCGAUGCCAUGGUCCGG